GAGGAGGAGGAGGAGAAGGAGGACGAGUUUAGACGGCGGUGUUGUUGGUGGCGCUGGUGGUGGCCGUGUAAAUGCAUUAAGAAUCAGAUUCAAGGUUAGGGUUGGAGCGAGCGAGAGGGUAUGAUGGCUAAACCUUGUGUUGGACGGACCAUGAUUGAUGGAGCCCGAGGUUAAAAGUAUAAGUGGAUUCUUUUAUUACUACCACUACUACUACUACAACUACCACUGGAAGUAAAGGAAAAACGGGAGAAAAAAAACAAAAAAACAAAAAACAAAAAAAUACUGCCCAUAACCACUUCAUAGUUUAUGGUGAGCACGAGUGAAGUGAAUCGCGGAUGUUGCUUCAUGCCGAGUUCUUGGAUUCAAAAUGUCAUCUUCGGUGAAGAUCCUACUGGCCAUCAUAGGCUUUGUGCUGUUCGUAGCCGCAGUGUGUACCACUGUGGUGCUUAUCCAGAUGCUGGGGAACCAGCCUGCCGCCCCUAAUGCCGCCUUGACCACUGUCCAGCCGGACACUGAGCUGUCACCAGAGGCAUCUCCCCACACUAGCAACAAGAGUCACCAUAGCAACAGCAGCACUAGCAACAGCAGCGGUGCUGCGAUUGUCAAUGACAGGUUGAUGUCACAACCGGUAGUAGAGCCAGAUUUAGCGACCAAAUCGAAUAUUCAAAUUGGCAACGAUGUAAUACUUGGAAAUGACAUGAAGAAAAAGCACAAUAACACUUAUCAUAAAAGAAAUAAUAAUACAAAAAACAACACAGAUGUUACCAUCAAGUCAAGAGAAGAAAUAAACAGCACUGGCUUUGACAGAAUCGUUAAAGAAAAUUCUAGUACAGAAGACCAAGCAGAUAACAGUUUAUCUGAAAAUAGCGGUUUUGACUCUAGAAAAACCACAGGUGAACCGCAAACAAAAAUAGAAUCGUACGUUGUGGAAACCCAUACCGACCUAUCUCUAAGUCCCUCAACAGCUGGCGUGGCAACUGUAAUAUCAAACAGAAGUGAGGUUAGACGAGGAUCAGUAUUGUAUCCAGACGAAUCAUCUUUCCAACAAAACACCAACGAUGACAAUGAAGAGGACAUCGACAAUACUGUUCAUACGGUGAAUUAUAACGAAAACUUAAAUGAAAUUAACGACCGUCUCCGGCCCUCUCACCGAGAUUCUGAAGGUAGAAAAAGAACCAACGUCGUUGCAACACUUCCCGAGAAUAACCUUCCUUCAGAGACACCUGAUACGGAAGAGAUCAGACGUAUCCCUGUCUUCACUAGCAAGGCAAAAGGCAAAGACGACAGAAAAAAGAAACGCAACAGACACAAAAGUAAAAAGAAACUCAAUCGGCUAAAAGUAAAGCCUACGAUUGGACCGUCUCGAAAACAAAACCCCACUAGUGCCGUGCGCCCUGAAGAAAGUAGUCGAAAAACAACAACGUCAAAACCAGUUUAUUCCAGGGUCAACGAUCGGUAUGGAGUUGGUUUGCAGCAAUCGAAACAUGUAGUGCGUCCCGAAAAAAGUAGUCGACAAACGACAACGUCGAAACCAGUGUAUUCCAGUGUCAAUAAUCGGUAUGGCGCUGAUUUGCAACAACCAAAACCUGCCUUCCAAGAAGGCUUGGUUCGACCUGGUGCUGUCGGGGAAGAAGAAGGAAAGGAUAACAAUAACCCAUUAGGCAGAGGUUUACAAGACAAACAGACAAGUGGUCUGUUGUUAACAAAGCCUAAACAGAAUAUUGUCGAUCGCGAUGGACAGUAUGAACAACACUUCGUGACUUUGUUGCAAACUGACGUAUCAUCAACAGCAUUUCCAACGAUUGAAACGGCUCGACGUAAGACACUCCACAGAAAAAACAGCAGUGCCAGAGGCCGCAACAGAGUCAUCAGCAUUACUAACAGCAGCAGCAGCAGCAGCAGCAGCAGCAGCAGCAGCAGCAGCAGCAGCAGCAGUAGCAAGAACAGCAGAACCGAGAGCAGUUUGAGCAGUGGCAGUACCAACAGUAUGAUCAUCGACGGUCCGGACAGUGGAAACAGGCUUAGUCAGAGCAGACACAGGGGAAGAACAAACGACAGCAAGAACAGCACCAGUCGGGACAGCAUCAGUCGAUACAACAGCAACAAAAAAAGAACAGAGUACAGAAUCAACAGCGAUAGGGACAACAAUAACAAGAGCAGCAGCAGCAGCAGCAGUGACAGCGACAGCAACAGCAGCAGGAGCAGCAGCAGCAACAACAACAACAGUGGACCUAGAAGCAACAGCAGAACCAGCGGCAGCAGGAACGUUAGCAGCACAGAGAGCAACAUUAAAGUCAGUAACAGCAAAAACAGCGAUAGGAGAAUCAGUAACAACAGAAACAGCGAUAGGAGAAUCAGUAACAACAGAAACAGCGAUAGGAGACUGAGUAACAACAGAAAUAGCGAUAGAAGAAUCAGUCACAGAAGAAACAACGAUAGCAGAACCAGUAACAACAGAAACAGCGAUAGCAGACUCACUAACAAUAGGAACAACGAUAGUAGACUCGGUAACAACAGAGGCAGCGAUAGGAGAAAUAAUAACAGUAGGAACAGCAACACCAGACACAUAAACAUUGAAAACAGCAACAUCGGAAACGGUAACAACAGAACCAACAAUCGCAAAAUCGUUGACAGCAAGAACAACAGUAGCGGUAUCAGUAGGAGCAGAAACAUCAACAUCAGAUUUAACAAGAGCAGAAAAAAUAACAACAGAAACACUGAUGGUGGUCGGAAAAAGACAAAUCCGAACAGCAACGACGACAAACUACAAAUUGAUAACAACAACAACAACAACAACAACAACAACAACAACAACAACAACAACAACAACAAUGGUGAGAUUAACAACAGAGAUAGUAUUCGCGAUAAGAUCAAAGUUCAGCGAAAGUACGCUAUAGACGUGCCUUACCAUCGGAGACGACCGUGGAGAAAGGCCUCCAAAAAGAAGGGCGACGUUAUUUCCAGACUGGAUGUCUCCUAUCUGCCCCCGUCACCGCUUCAUGAUGAUGUCGCAGUUCUACAGACAGACUCGUUGCCGACCAACCCGCUGUAUAUGCCAGAGGUGGGGAACGGCCACUUGGCCACUGUCAUACAGAGCGACACCCUCUACAUGAACGGACUCUACAAUGGGAAGAGCAUCGCCAGCCACAGGGCCAGAGUUCUAUCCUCGGCUGGCUACCUGGUGAAGUCGGUGGCCCCUUCAGGAUUGAAGCGGACGUACAGUUUAGACUUGGGCAGAGGAUUAUUUACCGAGUCCUAUGAAGGUAGAGGAGUCAGCAUUUUAUUGAGAACCUACGCCCACCGCAUAGUGACCAGAGCGCUGGUGGUCGAACUUGUAAUGGUUAGAGAUGACGUCUCAAAGGAUGUCGCUGUCACUCUGGAUUUGAACCAAGAACGCAGGAGCAACGACGUCAGAUUGGUCGGUGUGAAGGAAGGAGUAGAGCAUUGGCGAACCAAGGAAGCCGAAUACCUAGAAAUUGCUCCUCUGAUACAUUUCUUCGUCAAAUUAUCUCCAACAUUGAAGCGGUAAAGAUGUUUCAAGCCGGAAGCCUUUUGUCGAGUCACGUGAGGGAAUGGACCAAGGUUUGGAGUCGAGGCAGAAUCGACGUGCAAGGGGACACAAGCGUUGCAAAACUUACCUACGCCAGCUUUUAUUAUAUCUUUAGUUCUCUCCCCUUUUAUGGCGGAGAAACUAAGUGGCCCUUUGUGGGCCUCUCUCCUGGCGGACUGGCGCAUGGAGAACAUACGAAGGAUUACAACGGUCACGUGUUUUGGGACCAGGACACCUGGAUGUUCCCUGCAAUAACCGUCUUGCAUUCCGACCUGGGACGUGUGAUCACGGGAACGAGAGCCAGAACGCUCCGCUCCGCGAAGCUCUUCGCCGCCAGGACAGGGUACGAUGGCAUACGGUACCCUUGGGAGUCUGCCUAUACAGGUCUUGAGACAUGUCCCGCCGAGCCGUACAGCAAGUACGAAAUCCACAUCAACGGUGACGUCAGCAUGAUGAUGCGUCAGUACUGGCAGCUGACCAACGACCUGGACUUCUUGGUCAACGGGUCUGGAGCGGAGAUUGUCCAGGGGACGGCCAGAUUCUGGGUGUCCAGGACUACAUACAACUAUACGGACAAUUCUUUCAGGAUUCUGGAUGUGAUGCCACCAGAUGAGUACCAUUUCCCUGUGAACAACUCGGCCUAUACCAACAAUAUUGCAGCGAUCAACCUGAAGUUUGCGAAUCAGAUUAACGAAAUCUUAGGGCAGCCCCGUAAUUUCACAUGGGAGGCGGUUGCCCGAAGAAUGUACCGGCCUUACAACCCUGUCCUUGACUUCCACCCGGAGUUCGAUGGUUACCGGUUAACGGAUGUGACGAAACAAGCAGACGUUGUUCUGCUCAACUUCCCGCUCAUGGUGGACAUGAAACCAAGUACAGCUAAGAAUGAUCUGAUCAUAUACGAAAAGUCCACCCCAAAGAGGGUAGGGCCCGCCAUGACGUGGGGCGCCUUCCUCCUGGGCUGGCUACAAUUGGGGAAUAAGACCAAAGCCGCUGAACUGUUUUCCAGAUCCAUAAAAAAUGCACAACAACCUUUUCUGGUGUGGACAGAGGAAUCCAGCGGAGUCGGUGCAGUGAAUUUCCUGACUGGCAUGGGUGGUUACCUCCAGUCUCUUGUCUUCGGAUACGGAGGCUGCAGAAUCCACGACGACCACUUAACCUUUGACCCAAAGACUAUCCCGAACACCUCUGGGGUCACUUUUGUCGGUCUAGACUACAGGGCCUGCAGCUUUGACGUCAGUUACAACAACAGUCACGUGACAUUAAUUUUGACGAAAGGAGACAGAUCUUCUGAAACUCUCGAUGUAAAAUUUCAAGAAUGGGGAACUUGGGAAACGCUUCGAGUUGGCGUAAAUGUUACGGAAAAGAGACAACAGUUUGAAAUUCGGAAGUCUCAGCGUUGAUAAGAGAUGGGUUCAUGAUAUUGACACCUUGCCAGUAUUCGUUCAUUUAUCUGGAAGGGUUAAUGAACUAUUAAUGAUAAUAUAGACAAAAUUCCAAUCCAGUAUUAUCUGCAAGGCAUAGCUUUAAAUUACCACCCAUUCCCCCUUUGUUGUGCCAUUUGUUUUGCAGGAGCAUUUAAAACAAAGUGCACACUGCAAUUACAAGUUUUGUCAAAUCUCCCUCUAGUGACCUCCAGUCGAUAUAUCUGGUUAGCCAGGUAUUUCAUUCGUGGGCGGGCAGAUGCAAGCUACUAUUAUGGCACAAUUUGAUCAAAUUCUUCAAAAGCCAUGGGUUCUUUUUCAGGUCACGCAUCUUAUGCGUCUGAUACGUCCGAUGAAAUCAGCCAAUCAGAAAGCUAUGCAUUGUGGUGUCAGAUCUUCUGUUUGCGCCUGGAAUACGAUAUAAGCCCCUAAUGAACUUGUGGGUCAAAUUUGAUGAAGCUAAUUAGAGGCCCACUUGUUAUAGUGUGCACCAGCCCAAUCCGAUUCAAUUUUAUCGGGUCCAUUUGACCAAUGGACACCCGUUACUAAAACCAAUCCCGCCCCCUCCCAAUUGUGCCAUUUUACUUUGCAUUUAUUAAGGUAUGCAUUUUAAAUAAUUUUGAUAACCCGAAAUAUUGCUGUGUACGGAGAUAACGAGUAACAUAGUUACAUUUAUUUUAGUUUACAUUUUCUACAGUUCUUAACACCGUCAUAAUAUUAUCCGGUCAAGCGAAAUGUGCCAUUUAAAAUUGAAAUCUUACGCUCCUUUAUAAUAUCAAAAUUGUGUUGAAGGAGGCAUAAACAUUUUUACAAUCAUGGUGAGAUCUAGCCAUAGACUACAACUAAAAGACACCCUCUCUCACCUUCUUCAUUAAGGGCGCCGAAGGAAGUUUACUUACUCCUUCAGAAAUAUGUUUUAGUUUAUAAUACUUUUAGUAUAACUUAUUAUUUGAACGGUUGUGCAUUUUUUUCAUUUAUUAUUCACAAUGUUUAAUUUGUCUUGUCGCACAAUGUUGUUAAUUUUCUUGUUGUUGUACUUUUAAUGAGAUUAUUUUAAAGGCUUCUAUUUGUUUGGGCCAAGUUUUUAUUUGAAUUACUGUGUGAUACCAAAUAAAAACAAAGAUCUAAUAUUUUAUUAAACAUGG